GGCAGCAUCAGGCCAGGUCACCAUAGCAACAAGACGCUCUAGGCUCUCUGUCUCGUGCUGCAGAAACAGUUUAGUUUCUAACCGAACUUUCUCGAUAUUUUUAGACUCUGAAAUGCCCCUGCUUGUGACGGACUACUCAUGGACGCAGACAGAGUCGACGGUUUACAUCAGUGUGCCUUUAAAAGGAGCCAAAGCCGGGAAAGUGGACAUCCUGUCCACAGACGACUACCUCAAGGUGCAUUACCCCCCGUACCUGUUUGAAGCCUUCCUGUUUGAACCUGUCGACGACGUGAGGAGCUCAGCGAAGGUUGGGAACGGAGUCGCAGUCAUCAGUUUACCAAAGAGGAGCAACAAAGAGUGGGAGCAACUCAUGAUAACUACAGAUGAUAAAGACAAAAAGAAGGAGAUCAGAGAAAAAGCUCUGUUAAAAUACCAGAAGACGCUUUCUUCAGACUCCAGAUCCAAGGCAGAGAAACAGCAGGCAGAGAAAAAAUAUGCACUGGAGACAAUGAUGAAGCUUGAAAAGGAGGAAAGAGACAGUAUCCAGAAGAUGAAGGACACUAAGCGAGAGGAAACCACAGCAGAGCUGGCAGCAUGGCAGCAGAGACUGAAGGAAGAGGCAGUGGAAGAAGCCCAGUUAAAUCCGCAAAGUCAGAGUGACAAUCAGACAGAGAAGCGGGUAAAAGGACACUCAGGUGGAGGAAAGGUCAAACUGGAUCAGAGAGACAACAGUGAAGCAAAGAGCAAGAAAAAACAAGCUGACCUGCCCGCUCCAAGAUAUGCUGGAAACAUUCAAGUCUCAUUUACCCCACGAGUUUUCCCAACAGCCCUCAGGGAAUCAAGAGUGCCGGAGGAAGAAGAGUGGCUCAAAAAGCAAGCUGAAGCCCGACGUGCAGUAAAUGCAGAUGUUCAAGAGCUGGACGACCUAAAGGAGGAGGAGCGGAAUGCUGACUGGUUAAAGGACAAAGGAGACAAAUGUUUUGUGACUGGGGACUACCUGGGUGCAGUGAAUGCCUACAAUCUGGCUAUCAGGCUGAACAGAAAGAUCCCAGCUCUGUAUUCAAACAGGGCUGCAUGUCAUCUGAAGUUAAGAAAUCUUCACAAGGCCAUUGAGGAUUCCUCUCAGGCUCUUGAUCUGUUGACUCCACCAGUUGCUGCCAAUGCAGCUGCCAGAGCCAGGGCCAGUGUCCGCAGAGGAUCUGCUUUCUGCCAGCUACAGCUCUAUGCAGAAGGGCUACAAGACUACCAGGCUGCUCUGAAGAUUGACCCUUCUAAUGAAGCGCUGCAGGCAGACACGCAGAGAAUCAGAGACAUUAUUCAAGGCACUGCCGCUGCAACUGAAAAACAGUGACACAGAAAAAGUACUGUACAUAUUAGACAUGGAUGUUUAUUGUUUGCGGUAUUUGUCUGUUACCCAGUGCUGUAACAAACGAUAACAGAGAAACAAAAGUGUGUGUUUAUGUAAAAUACUAAUAAAAGGUUUAUGAGCUACAGACCUGAAGAAGUGCUGAAGAUGAGUGCAUGAAAGACACUCAGAGCUCCCUCGUGUGGUCAAAUGGUAUACAUAAAAUGAAAUGCUUAGUAUGGCAUACUAAAUAGUUUGGUCACAUGUUUUAUUAGUAUGUUUUUACAUGUUUUUAUCAUGUAAAUCUUAGAAUAAUUUUAUUUGAAUGUUUAUUCAGCAAUCAAUCAUUUUCAAUAAACUACAUAACAC